AUGCCGGGCCAGAAAAUCCUGUGUGUCGCAGAAAAGCCAGCCAUAGCCAAGGCUGUCGCGCAACAUCUUGCCGGGGGCCGCAUCAAUACGCAUUCCGUUCGUGGCAGUCAAUACGUGAAAAAUUACGAAUUUGAUUUCAAUUUCCGACAAUGGGGAACCUGCUCGGUCACCAUGACCAGCGUCCUAGGUCAUCUCACAGGGCUAGACUUCGAUCCCAAAUACAAGAGCUGGAAGUCUUGUCCUCCUAGUCAGCUGUUCGAUGCCACGACUCUGAUCACCAUCGACAAAGACAAGGUCCCUAUCGCCGAGAACAUCCAGCAGCAAGCCCGAUAUGCCAAAAUCCUCUUCAUCUGGACUGACUGCGACCGCGAGGGCGAGCAUAUCGGUGGUGAGGUGCGCGAUCAAGCAAGGAAGGCUAAUCCAAACAUCCUCGUGCAGCGCGCUAAGUUUAGCAACACAGAAAGAGCCCAUGUGGUUCAAGCAGCCCAAUCUCCCAUCCCUAUGGAUGAGCGCCAGAUCAAUGCAGUCGCGGCUAGAAUAGAACUUGAUUUGCGAAUUGGUGCUUCUUUCACAAGAUUACAGAGUCUGGAACUUCAACGCCUCAGCGAAAACCUUCGAGAUCAAACAAUCAGUUACGGCUCCUGCCAGUUCCCUACCCUUGGCUUUGUCGUCGACCGCUAUAAUCGGGUACGGAAUUUCAAGCCUGAGACCUUUUGGCUGAUCAAAUUGGCCCAUCUCCGAGAUCGAAUCAAAGUCAACUUCCACUGGAGGCGCGUCCACCUCUUCGACAGGGCGGCAGUCACCAUCCUCUUCGAGGCUUGCCUUGAUGCCAAAUAUGCCAGGGUCACCAAGGCCCAGAAGAAAGCAACUUCCAAAUGGCGACCAUUGCCUCUCACGACCGUGGAAUUGCAGAUGCAAGGGAGCCGUUUUCUUCGGAUGAGCAGUCACCAGGUCAUGUCGGUUGCGGAAAAACUAUAUCAAAAAGGGUUCAUCAGUUAUCCUCGCACCGAGACCGAUCAAUUUCCCCACGAAUUCGAUUUUCAGGCAAUCAUACAGCGCCAAACCCGAGAUGACAAUUGGGGCCAAUACGCGCAGGGUUUACUUCAUGGAGGUUUUCGCAAUCCCCGAUCUGGCCGUCAUAAUGAUCAAGCCCAUCCCCCCAUUCAUCCGGUCAACUACGUUGUCGCCGACGCGCUCGAUCAGCAGGAGAAGAAGGUUUAUGAAUUUGUGACCCGAAGGUUUCUUGCUUGCUGUUCGGAAGACGCAAAGGGAGAAGCCACUGACAUUGAAGUGCAGUGGGGGACAGAAAAUUUCCACGCCCGUGGACUUGUCGUCCUUGAACGAAAUUAUCUUGACGUAUAUGUGUACGACAAGUGGGAGAGCAGCCAGCAACUGCCCGCGUUUACGCUCGGGGAGAGUUUUGAACCUUCGGAAGCAAGCAUGGUGGAUGGAAAGACAACCCCCCCGGGAUAUCUGACCGAGCCCGAAUUAAUUGCUCUCAUGGAUGCCAAUGGGAUUGGCACUGAUGCAACAAUGGCAGAGCAUAUUUCCAAGAUCAAAGACCGCUGCUAUGUCGACACAAGACCGCGAACUGGUGGUGGUCGCAAUACAGUCCAGGAAUUCAUUCCCACCACGCUUGGAGUAGCCUUGGUGGAAGGGUAUGACAACGUGGGCCUUGAUGUCAGCGUCAGUAAGCCAUUUCUCCGCAAGGAGAUGGAACUGAAGAUGAAGGCAAUUUGCGAAGGUCGGAAAAGUCGGACCGAGGUGGUCCAAGAGAGCUUGGACCAAUACCGCGAAGUCUUCGUCAAGACACAACGAGAGAUCAAUGUUCUCAAGCGUUCGGUGACGAAAUACGUCGUGAACGGCGGCAGCGAAUGA